UUUGACAGAUGAACAAGCAAGCAUUGUGCUUGAAUUAUGAUGUUGACAAGUUCACAGAGCAGAAUUGUGCGGUGUUUGGAGAGCAUUGAAUGAAGGAAAGGAAAAAAGUAAGAUGACCAGGAGAGGGUCAGAGGAUCACCAAUCUAAUCUACCUCUCACAUAUCUGGUUAAUGUCCCAAAUGACCUUCCAGUAAGUCUCCCUCCCUCCAAGGAGAAACCCCCUUCCUGGAAUGCCUUUCAGGCGAUCCUCAAGUUGGGGAAACAUCGUGAAGUAAAAAAAGGAUUGAGGAAUGGAGGCUGGGGUUGGAAUGAUCCAAUUCGGGCCCACCUUUGGCAUGAAAUCAUGAAGUACCUUCACUCAUCAUCUCAUAUACAUGAUACUUACUAUGAGGAAACUGCUGCCCAACUCUUUCCAGAGAGUGAUGCUGAGAAUAAGAAGUUAGCAUUUCCUGCCUUUGUGGAUCGAGAGCACGUGGAAGAACGAUUUCUGAAUGAGAAAGGGAGAAAAGUGGCUCUGCGCAUUGUUUAUGUCCUUGGCUAUUCCUACCCAGACAUCACCUUUUCUCCUCUACUCUACCCACUGACGGCAAUCAUGCUGCAUUAUAUGCCUGAGGAUGCUGCCUACAUGUGUGUAAACAUGCUUCUAUCUGGAAAGACAGUGACUCAGACCAAACUGGCAUAUGAAUGUCGCUGGCGGACCCUCCUCCACCUGUGUAAGAAGUAUGCUAAGCCAGCAUGGAGUCACUUGAAUGCAUCUCUCAAUAAUCCAGAGAAGCUGGAUCAUCUCUUUGAAGGCUGGCUCUGGUGGAUUUUCGCUGAUCUCCCUUUCCCACAUCUUGUCCGUGUGAUAGACUGUUACCUGUUGGAAGGGCCCAAGGUCUUGUAUCGUGUUGCAUUGGCCAUUCUUCUCCUCUUCUACAAGCAAGGGCAUCUGGUCUCAACUUCAGAAGCAAACAACCUCCCAGAGGCCAUCUCCCACUUCUCCAGAAAUAUUCCUGUCUGUCUACUUACUCAAAGAGAAUGUUCCAUUUUGGGAAUGCAAGGUGUCAACAGCCUCUUCUUUUUGCAGGUGGGUACAGAGAAACUGUUGAAGUGGUCUUUCUCAAUCCGAGGAUUCAGCCGUCAAGAAAUUGAGCGGUUACGGUGGAAGACAGAGGUGUGGUUGAACUCGCGGUCUCGGAGAGGUUCUGGUUCCACCUCACCUCGAAUCACUCGAUCCCGGUCCAUGGACCUCCCCACGUGCCAAUCUCAGGCCCACAUGAAGAUGAUCUCUCACACAUUACCCAUUCCAGAGCUGCUGAUGCUAUGGUCAUGGCUCCCAACACGUAUGACCAUGUACCAGCCAAAACUCCUAUAUACAACAGAAGAACAUGGCUGCUCCAUCACAACCUUCUUCUCCAGGGUUGAAGAACAGGAGGCCACUGUUCUUCUGAUCAAGUCCCACAAUGAUGAAGUGUUUGGUGCAUACUGUUCAGCCCCAUGGGGAGAGCGGAAGAGGAAGAAUGAGAUCACAGGUUAUAAGCACACAUACUUUGGGACUGGGGAGACAUUUGUGUUUACACUUCACCCCAGAGCAAUGAAGUAUGCUUGGGUUGGGAUAAAGCAACAACAGGAUGUGGAAGGCCCUUCAUGCAUGAGACAUGCUGCCCAGCUCUUCAUGGCUGCUGAUCAACACAUGAUCACCAUUGGUGGCGGGCGGGGGCAGGCGAUCUGGAUCGAUGCAGACAUAUGUUAUGGGAAGACAGAAAGUUGCCAGACAUUCGAGAAUCCCCCACUAUGCUCGGAGUCUGAUUUCCAGAUCAAAGUUCUUGAGGUCAUUGGAUUCACUUAGACUCCUGGUAUACCCUGUGAUGAAGGGUACUACCUCAAUUUGCGCUUUCUCUCAUGCCAUGGCUAUGCUAUCACCUUUUGAUCAUUACUGCUGCUACAAUAAUGAUGAUUGAAGUCAUCCUGUAUCUACAGUAUCAUGGUUGUAGGGGUAGUCUGGACGCACAGCGAUGAUGAUCAUGAUUCCCCCCUCUGCCUGCAUCAGCUGGACUUGAUGCAUGUGCUGCUGCUUCACUCCUGGUACCUUGUUCCCCAGCAAAUGGCCACUGGUCUUUUGCUGUAGGUAAAUGGGACCUUGUCAAUGCAGUUAUCUAGAGGCAUGAUGGCAUCUUCUAUGUUAACCUGACAAGUUUGACUAGACUCCCUCUUGAAGACCAAUUAUCACCUAUUCUUUCCCAAUGUAAUUCUUUCUUGCAUGGCUUCUUGAAGAAACUGCAAGCUCUGGCCUUAGUGCAAACAUUUGAAAUCAGGGUCAAAGUAAUGCAUGGACUUUGUUUAGUUUGAUUUCAUGUAGAACAAUUUUUUACAUGUGGGUAAGAAGUGGUUCUAGAGUGUAAUAAAUGGGACAAGUUGGGUGAAACUGGGGAAGUAGGAUCCAUCCUACACACAAAAUCACCCACCUCCACCCUGAAGCUAAGUCAAAACAAAGCACUCAUGCAGAGACUCAUUUUGAUAGCAAAAUUGAUCCAUGCCAAUACUAAUGCAUUUGCUAGCACUGCAACUGUUAGUCUUUCCAUCUGAUGCUGGCCUUUUUUCUCAUCAUCUGUGCAAUUCCAGCCACAAAUGUCCAAUAUACCAGAAAGAUAGAUAUUGGGUGUCUAUGAAGUUCCUUCCUUCUUCAACCUUUAUUAUAUGAAAUUAAUAUAGAUGGGACUGUUCAUUUCUACUUUCUGGUACAACAGUCACUCAAUCAAGAUGUAAACUCUUGGAAACAGAAAAUAUUGAAAAUUAAACUUUCAACUAAUUUUCCACUGAGCUGUCACACCUAAUGGUUCAAUUUCAAACCAGUGAAUGCAAAAUAUAUAUAUAGCCACUAAAGCUUCUUACCUUAAGACCUUUUGAAUAGAGCUAAAAAAAAAUCAAGUUAAAUCCAGAAUUUUGAUUUAUUUUGUAGCUUAGUCUGAGAUUUUGCAUUGUCUCCCCUUCACUUUUAAGUCUGCAAUAAGCAUUGCCUUUGUUCGCAUCAAUAAAAAAAAAUAUUGCAUUCACUGAUUCAAAAUAAAAUCAUUGCUAUGCCAGCUCUAAGGAGAUAACAAAUGAAGUCAGCAUGGUUUUCUUUGCUCUUAUGGAAACCUCAUGCUUAUACUUGGAUUGAAUGGCCACUGUCCUGAAAUGUAAAUGACUAGUCCAAAAUGCAUGUAAAUUUUUAACUAUGCUUACUCUCAUACGGAAAAGUUCCCCAUGGGAAGCAUUCAUGGACAUUCUGUACUAGCAAGAGAAAAAGAAGUUGCUUGAACAGUUAAUUAUAUGUGGUAACAUUCAUGCAUGGAUAGCCUACGAUCAUGAGCCGCGCUGUGUGGGUAGAAGUGUGGAAAACCACUUCCAAGUACUCGACUUGACCAGAGCCUUUUUCUCACUGGCAAUGAACCAUGAUAAAAUGUUUAAACUCUGAAUCCCCAAAACUGGGAACCAGUGAUUGAUUCUUUAAAAGUGCAUUGUUAUUCUCGCGUGUGCAUUCUCAUGAUGAAUGAGGAGAAAUCGACAGAUUCACUAUUCCCUUUGCCUUGCAGCUCUAAAAUUCGCAUCACUUUGCUCUUUCCAUCAUGAUGCAUGUCAGACAAGGAUCUGGUCAAAGUGGAACAUUGAAACGACUUUCCGCCCUUGUGAUUAUUUGAUAUUAUCUUCUUAACUAUGGUUGAAAUCGUGAGUUUCACCAUCUUCCAGGCGAUGGCCUGAAAGUUAUGGCAUCUUGAUAUUAAUUCUCCGUACUUUAACUAUGACCAUGAUCGAAAGAUGAUGGCGUUGCCAAGGCAUUAGCCGCUUUCUUCUGGAGGUGGAUGUUGUGGCUUAUUCCUGGCGGCUGGCAAGGCAGUACCGAAAAAGAGGGGUGGUGAGUCAUCGUGCUGCCUCCUAGCCUGUCUGAUGUUAUGUCAUGUCGUCUUAGGUGACCGUCUAGUCACGGUGGUUUGCGUGGGAGACAUCUCUCCCCUUCUCCCCAGUGAGUUCAUAGUUGCGAUGACAUGUGCAUUCGUUGCUCAUUGUGAUACUGUUGUUCCCUAGCCUAGUUUCUCUCGUUUCUGUACCCCUAAGCGUACGCCCUCAUGAUAAUAAAUAUUCACUCUUUCCAUCCGAUGUC